AUGAACAGCAGCAUCAAUGACACCUGUCACAACGCCAGCUGCAUUGUGGGCCGGGACGGAGACUCCACCACCAGCAUCGUCAUGUUCCUGGCCGGGGUGGUGGGGAACCUGCUGGCCCUCUUCAUCCUCGGCGUGCACCAGAAGGAGCACCGCUCCCGCUCCUCCGUCUUCUGCGUCCUGGUGACCGGGCUGGCCGUCACCGACCUGCUGGGCACCUGCGUCCUCAGCCCCCCCGUCUUCAUCUGCUACGCCAACAAGAUGUCCCUGACCACGCUGGGCGGGGACACCCUGUGCAAUCUCUUCGGCUUCGCCAUGAUCUUCUUCGGCCUGACCUCCACCCUCAUCCUGUGCGCCAUGGCCGUGGAGCGCUGCCUGGCCAUCAGCCACCCUUACUUUUACUCCGUGCACAUCCGCUGCAGGUUCGCCAAGUUCACCCUCCUCUUCAUUUACCUCUUCUCCCUGGCGUUUUGCCUCCUGCCCUACGCCGGCUACGGCAAAUUCCGGCAGUACUGCCCCGGGACCUGGUGCUUCAUCGACAUGGACGCCACGGGGGACGAGAAUGCCGGCUACGUGCUGGCCUUCUCCCUGUCCUACUCCUCCCUCACGGCGCUGCUCAUCCUGGCCGUGUUCGUGUGCAACGGCUCGGUGAUCGUCAGCCUGUGCCAGAUGCACCGGAGCCACGUGAUCCGCCGCGGCUCGGUGGUGUCCACGGGGAGGAAGAGGAGGCUGAGCCUGGCCUGGUUCGGACACGGCGAGGAGGAAAUGGACCACCUGGUGCUGCUGGCGCUCAUCACUGUCUUCUUUGUCGUGUGCUCCCUGCCGCUGACCAUCGCGGGCUUCAUCAAUGCCAUUCAUCCAUUUUGCGGUGACAAGGAGAACUUGACAGCUUUCCGCUUCUACGCUCUCAACCCCAUCGUGGAUCCUUGGGUCUUUAUCAUAUGCCGCAAGUCUGUCUUUCACCACCUGUGCUCCCUGCUGAGUUGCUGCUUCAGCAAAAGAGCCGUGAAGACGAAAGCGCACUGCGCUCUCUCUUUACCGCUUGACAACGCCAUAGAGCGAAACUCCUAG